AUGGCUGAGGUGAACAAGGUGUCUACGCACGACAGGAAAUCCAUCCCGCCGUUUGACGGUGCCGACUUCGAGAUGUGGCUUGAACGGGUCAAACUCAAGCUACAACGCAAGCAUCUGUGGCAGUAUUGCAUCUCGGAUGUUACUGAGCCUGAGGAGAGCAAACAGAGUGAUCAUGAGGACUGGAUUACUAAGACGGCUCGGACUAAGGAGAUUCUUCAAGUACGAGCGGACUUCGUAUCGUGUAAUGGAGCGUCUGAAGCGGCGAUUCAUGGGGAAGAGCUACCUGAAAUUCGCUGA